GGUCUCAGUAGUGGGUUUGUUGCGAACGCCUGUCGUUUCAACAUCAUUCAAUGUUCAUGAAGGAGCCGGCCCGCUCGGCCGCAGCGGACAGGCAGGAGCUCGGCGUCUGACUUUUGUAAAGCUUUCAGGAGGCCACGAUGUCCUUUUGAGUCCGCCGCUGAAGGAAUGUGAGGAGAAACAUUAAUGUUUUGGCGGAAAGGCGAGCUGGCUAACUUAGCAUUAGCCAGUUAGCACUAGCUAGCUGCUAACCGCGUUAAGGAUGCUACGGUGGAUCCGGCAACAGCUGGGCUUUGACCCUCCGCAUCAAAGCGACACCAGAACAGUUUACAUCGCAAACCGCUUCCCUCAGCACGGGCAUUAUAUCCCCCAGAGGUUUGCAGACAACAGAAUCAUCUCCUCAAAGUACACAAUAUGGAACUUCAUCCCGAAGAAUCUGUUCGAACAGUUCAGAAGAAUAGCCAACUUCUACUUCCUCAUCAUCUUCCUCGUCCAGUUAAUGAUAGACACGCCCACUUCCCCUGUGACCAGUGGACUUCCUCUGUUUUUCGUAAUUACAGUAACUGCUAUCAAACAGGGAUUUGAGGACUGGCUGAGACACAAGGCGGAUAAUGAAGUGAAUGGAGCUCCUGUGUUCGUGGUGCGGAGCGGCGGUUUGGUUCAGACGCGCUCCAAAAACAUAAGAGUGGGAGACAUAGUGCGAGUAGCCAAAGAUGAGACGUUCCCUGCCGAUCUGGUGCUGCUGUCGUCUGACCGGGCCGAGGGAACCUGCCACAUCACCACGGCCAGUUUGGACGGGGAGACCAACCUGAAGACUCACUAUGCAGUCCCAGAGACGGCUGUGUCCCAAUCUGUGUCCCAGCUGGAGGCUCUACAGGCCGUGGUGGAGUGCCAGCAGCCAGAAGCAGAUUUGUACAGGUUUGUUGGGAGAAUAACAGUCACACAGCAAGGGGAGGAGAUUGUGAGACCUCUAGGACCAGAAAACCUUCUGCUUCGAGGAGCAAGAUUGAAAAACACCAAAGAAAUAUUUGGUGUGGCCGUGUACACAGGCAUGGAAUCAAAGAUGGCUCUAAAUUACAAGUGCAAGUCCCAGAAGCGUUCAGCGGUGGAGAAGUCCAUGAAUACGUUUCUCAUCAUCUACUUGGGCAUCCUGCUUUUCGAGGCCAUCCUCAGCACCAUAUUAAAGUAUGCCUGGCAGGCGGAGAACAAGUGGGACGAGCCUUUCUACAAUGAGAAAACUGAGCAGGAACGCAACAGCAGCAAGAUUCUGAAGUUCAUCUCGGAUUUCUUGGCCUUCCUGGUUCUGUAUAACUUCAUCAUCCCCAUUUCCCUCUACGUUACUGUGGAGAUGCAAAAGUUCCUGGGCUCGUUCUUCAUUGGCUGGGACCUGGACUUGUACCAUGAGGAGAGUGACCAAAGAGCCCAGGUCAACACCUCGGACCUUAAUGAGGAGCUGGGUCAGGUGGAGUACGUUUUUACUGACAAAACAGGCACUUUGACUGAGAACGAGAUGCAGUUCCGGGAAUGCUCCAUCAACGGCAUCAAAUAUCAGGAGAUCAACGGCAAGCUCGUCCCAGAGGGAAUGACAGACGACACACCAGACGCUGCUGUUCCUCGGCUGAGCAGAGAAGAGGAGCUGUUCCUGAAAGCCGUGUCUCUGUGCCACACAGUGCAGAUCAGCUAUGACCAGACAGACGGCCCGGGGGAGCCCUUCUCCCACGCCAAUGGAUUCACCACUCAGAUGGAGUAUUACGCCUCCUCUCCUGACGAAAAGGCCCUGGUGGAAGCCACCAAGAGGAUGGGAGUGACAUUCACAGGAAGCAACGGUGAAGUCAUGGAGAUCAGAACCUUUGGGAAAUCGGAAAAAUACAAACUCCUCCAUGUGCUGGAGUUUGAUCCAAAUCGAAGGCGAAUGAGUGUAAUACUGCAGACUCCAUCAGGACAGAAGAUAUUAUUCACUAAAGGAGCUGAGUCUGCAAUUCUUCCCUACACAAAGAGUGGAGAGAUAGAGAAAACGAGGGUGCAUGUGGAUGAGUUUGCUUUGAAAGGUCUGCGGACGCUGGUGGUGGCCUACAGGCUCUUCAGCGCAGAGGAGUAUAAGGAGGUGGAGCGGCGGAUCCACGAGGCUCGCACGGCGCUGCAGCAGAGAGAGGAGCGGCUGGCCGAGACUUUCAGCUUCAUCGAGAAAGACCUGGAGCUGCUGGGAGCCACCGGCGUGGAAGACAAGCUGCAGGAGAAGGUCCAGGAGACGAUUGAGGCUCUGCGGCUGGCUGGGAUUAAGGUGUGGGUGCUGACGGGCGAUAAACAUGAAACAGCGGUCAGUGUGAGUUUAUCCUGUGGUCAUUUUCACCGAACCAUGAACAUCCUGGAGCUCGUACAGCAGAAAUCUGACCACGAGUGUGCAGAACAGCUCCGGAGACUCGCACGCAGGAUCAAAGAGGACCAUGUGAUUCAGCAUGGCUUGGUGGUGGAUGGAGCGAGCUUGUCUCUGGCUCUGCGGGAGCACGAGAAGCUCUUCAUGGAAGUGUGUAAGAACUGCUCAGCCGUGCUCUGCUGCAGGAUGGCACCCUUACAGAAAGCAAAGGUGGUGCGUUUGCUGAAGACUUCUCCAGAAAAACCCAUUACAUUAGCCAUUGGGGACGGAGCCAAUGAUGUCAGUAUGAUCCAGGAGGCCCAUGUGGGUAUAGGUAUCAUGGGAAAAGAAGGAAGACAAGCUGUGCGAAACAGUGACUAUGCAAUCGCAAGGUUCAAGUUCCUUGCCAAAUUACUGCUCGUCCACGGCCACUUCUACUACGUUCGAAUAGCAACACUCGUCCAGUACUUUUUCUACAAGAAUGUGUGCUUUAUCACACCCCAGUUUUUAUACCAGUUCUUCUGUCUGUUUUCACAGCAAACGCUCUAUGACAGCGUGUAUCUGACGCUGUACAACAUCUGCUUCACCUCCCUGCCCAUCCUGGUGUACAGUCUCUUCGAGCAGCUGGUCCAUCCACAUGUGCUGCAGAGCAAACCAGCACUUUACAGAGAUAUCAGUAAGAACUCAGUGCUCUCCUUCAAAACCUUUUUAUAUUGGACGAUCCUGGGCUUCUGCCACGCCUUCAUAUUCUUCUUCGGCUCCUACAUGCUGAUGGGAGAGGACACCUCGCUGAUGGGAAACGGACAGAUUUUGCGAGCUAACAGGCAGCUGAUGUUUGGAAACUGGACUUUUGGCACUUUAGUAUUCACCGUGAUGGUCAUUACAGUAACCUUAAAGCUGGCCCUGGAGACGCACUUCUGGACAUGGAUAAAUCACUUUGUCACGUGGGGAUCCAUCGCCUUCUACUUCAUCUUCUCCUUGUUUUACGGCGGCAUCAUCUGGCCGUUCCUGCACACGCAGGACAUGUACUUCGUCUUCGUCCAGUUGCUGUCCAGCGGCUCGGCCUGGUUCGCCAUCAUCAUCAUCAUCAUCACCUGCCUGUUCCCCGACGUCAUUAAGAAAGUGUUCUAUAGGCACUUGCAGCCCACCAGCACGCAGAAGUCUCAGAUGUACUCCAACCGUGUCGCUAUAGGUGACGACUUCAUCGCUCUGCAGCCGCUGUCCAGAGCCAAGAAUCAGCUGGGCAAGAUUAGUUUAUUGAGGCCUAUGCGGGGGUCAGCUGUAUGGACUCAGUGUGCUGUUUCCCGGAGGGCCGUGGUGGCUGUUCCAGGCUGGCCGCGCUGCUGGAGCGACUGAUAGGCCGCUGUGACCCCCGCGCCGCCAGAUCGUGGAGCGACUCGGACCCUUUCUACUCCAACGACCGCAGCAUCCUGACGCUUUCACCUGUGGAAGCCACUCACUGCUAGCUCAGCUUCAUCCCUCCAUUCCCAAAGAGGAGCUUCUCUCUAACUGGAGCUAACCCGACCCGCCCUGCCCUCACAGCCAGAGCCUGACCGCCCCAGGGCCAGGCGGUCACACUGUGAGACCAGGAGGUCCGCGGUUUCACCCUCCCGACUUUUAUGCACCUGAAGCUCUUCUGCUUUUGCACCAUGGACCCUUUCCUUCAUUCCUGAGGAAACCAGCGGUCCGUCUGGAGCCAUAUUCACCCUCUUAUUACCUGAUUUUUCAAGGUACGGAAGGCAGAGCAGUGUAGCUUUAGCUAACUUUGAAGAAAACGUGUCCUCGGAGACGCCCACCCGUCUCGCACUCAGCCAUGAAGUGAGGACGUCUCUCUAGCGCCUCCCCAAGGAGAAACUGACAUGAGCUUCGGCUUCACUGACUGUAACCUUCGCCUGCCUGUAGCUCUCGUUCCUCUCGCACACUGAAAGCUUUAAUUCUCAUAUCCAUCGCCAUCUCUCCACUAACGCAGCGCUGCCGUUCUUUUGUUCCAUUCGUUUGUUGUUACUAACCAUUUGUUGACUUUUUCUUGUUGUGUGUGUUUUUGUUUGUUCGCUCAUCUCCCCGAGGGAGGCUGUGGCCUGCAUGCGGUCCUGCAGCUCUCCUCAGCUUUUUAGAGGCCUUUUUUUGGGUUCCUUUGACUGGAAGUCCUCCCCCAGCUGCACGGGGGCCGGAUGAGCGUCACUGAGACAACCGUUUUAAACUUGCUUCACUCUGCUUAGAUGCAUGCUCCAUUUGCAGUAGACAUAACCGAUAACCCUCUACACGUGGCUACAGAGAGCUGGACCUGUGAAGACCCUCUUCUGAGGGGGGUUUAUGAUGUAUUGCACUUUCUCCGUGUGAGAUUUCUGAUCUCAGAUAUUCAGUAUGUUGUCACUGUCCUGUCAAAACCAGAAACUCUUCAAUUUUUCCGUUUAAAAGUGUCAGCUGUCACCCCAUUUACCCCAAUUACCCCAUAACUCGGUGUGUGAGGUGUAACCACAGAGGUUCAGAGGGUUUGGUGUGAAACGGUUCAGACGUCUUUACAGUGGUGAUGGGAACCAGACGUCGCCAUGACUACAACACAGAUAUUUAUAAGUAUUUAAUUUUUUUAAUAUGCUGUCUUUGGGGACUAUGUUGCCUCGUGGCACCCCGCAUGUCUCCCUCCAAAAGAAAUGGAUUUAAAAAAAUACACAUUUUAAACCUUAAUCUUCUGAAAACUCUCAUAAAACAGCGUCUCAGUCAUCUGGCAGUGAAUCCAGGAGCAUCUCAUGUAGGAACUUUCUGUAGGAGCUUUUAGAGGGACGUCUGGUUCCCAUCACCACCACUGUGAAAAGCUCUGACUCAGUAAGAUUAUCUAGAACGGAGCGUUUCACACCGAACCGCUCAGAACCGCUCAGUUUACGUCUCAACCACUGAAGUAAACAUACAUUUUUUGAAAAAUUGGUUAAAAGUUAAAAGUUAGCAACCCUAACCCUCAUAAUGGUGAAUUUAAAGAAAGACGAAAAACCUUCAGAACUUUAAGGUACAUUAACUUUAUUAUUGGUAUUUUUUGGAUCCUUUCUGUUGAUCCAUUAUGAAAACGCUUAUGUAAAAAAUCGAAAUGUUCAAGUAGCGGAAAAACGAAACGGCGGAGGUUUUGAUCCGACAGCGAUGAUAUUCCAUCCAUUCAUAUGGAGACGUCUACAAUGAGCCUGUCCACACAUACGGAGCCAGUGAAGCGUCUGAGCGAGUCACAGAAGGACACUUUAUUUGAAAUGCGUUAAAGGAAAAACGGUUCAGAAGUGUUUGUUUGUUUGUUUAUUCCUUUCUUAUUUUCAUAGGAAGAAAGUUACAUUUGCAUAUCAGACGAGGAAUUGUAAUUAUUUUUCUACCGGGUGCGUCUCUUCACUCCGUCUCGCUCUUCUGUUGUUGUUGAAUUUGUCAUUUUUCACAUCGGCGCGCGGACCGCAGACCUGUUACCCCAAAUGACAAAUGAAAACGUUCUCUAUGAGGUUCUAUCAGUCGGUUAUGGUUCAUUAAAAAAAUUAAAAAUUUUAAAAAAAAGUUUUUUGUUGUUUUUGUGAAGACAGUCGCUGGCUGUUCUGCUAUAGAGUAAAAAAAAGAUGGUUCCUCAAGGGUUCUUUAGUAAAGAAAAUGGUUCUGUAUAGAACCAUGAACACUCAAAGAACCCUUUGCAUGAUUAAAGAUUGAUGGAGAACGUGCUGUAGAUGGUUCUACAUAGAACCUUUUUAAAAAGGUUGAUUUAAUCAUACAAAGGUUUCUGUGAGUGUUUCUGGUUGUAAACACUAAAAGAACCCUUUGUACGAUUAAGUAAUGAAAAGGUUCUUCAGAAUGUGCUGAAUUGUUUUGAAGAGGGUUCCGUCUCACACACAAAAGGGUUCUUUAUUGUUACAAGCUUGAAAACCUUUUUAAAAAAGGUUCUGUAUAGAACAAUCUACAGCAUGUUCUGAGGAACCCUUUCAUGAUUUAAUCUUACAGAGGGUUCUUUGAGUGUUCAGGGUUCUAAAUGGAGCUUAUUUUCUUUACCAAAUAACCCUUGAAGAACCGUCUUUUUGAGCGUGUACGCUGGGGAUCAGCGUCCCGUGUAGCACCGCGGUCGGCCGUCUGUUCCUCAGAGAAACAUUAGCAAUAAGAAUCUCUCUGGACCGGCCCACGUCCAGUCCAGCUGUGAUGUCAGUUCAUCUUCUGUUUUAUUUCCAUCAAAACAAAAACAUGUUACUGUUACUGUAACUGUCCUCUCCUCACAGUGAAAGUGUUGAAUUGCUGAUGUUUAUGAAAAUUCUAUUUACAGAAUAAACAAGUUUUUAAAAAAACCAACAGAA